UGUUUUUGUACACCGAUUUGAACCUUCUUUUAAUCCCCCAUCUUCUUCCUUGCUUCGAAAUUGUGGCUCAUGUCGACUGACGAACGCGUAAAAAAGCUCAAGGAAGAAGGGAAUAAGCUCUUCGCUCAAAAGCAAUAUGUUGCUGCUGCUGAAAAAUACACUGAGGCUCUUCAGCUUGGUGGCGAUAACGCAGUUCUAUACUCCAACAGAGCUGCUUGUCGCUUGAAAAUGAAGACCUACCUUGAUGCAGAGUCUGAUGCCACAAAGGCUACUGAAAUAGAUCCUGGGUUUUCCAAAGCUUAUGCCAGACUUGCUACUGCUCAAGAUGCUCUUCGACAACCGUAUAGGAGCAUCCCGUCUUGGAAAAAAGCUCUUGACAAGCUACCCAAAGAGGUCCUCACUCCUGCUCAGCGCAACCAAAGGGAGGAUGAAUAUGAAAAAGGACUCACUUUAGCUGAGUCUGCAUUGAAUAAAUUACGAACAUCUGGCGGGAGCCACCUUAUUCACGCACCUUCCAACCAGAGAGAUCUCCCAUGGUUUUGUGCUCAGAGGAUGAUUCCUGACUUGAUGGAGCAGAGAAACUAUACAAGCUCGGCAUGGGCUUUGGCUAACGCUUAUACAGAGUUUGCCGAAGGCAUUCGCCAACUUUCACUGGCUACUACGCAAGGCCAGCUAAGGUUUCAAUCCACCAGUGCCCUCAUGCUUAUUUCCAAUGCCAUACUCACAGAUCAUCGCGUCUUCCAUAUAAAUGGACCCGAAUUUCUCCAAAGGUACAAUCAACAGGUUUUGGGCGAAGCACAGUUCUUCAAAGCAUGGACCCAUGAGGGCCCAGAUAUCAUCAAGCAGAAAGUUCUCGAACGCCUUGAGGAGGAAGGUUGGCACACUACAUCCCCAGCUCUGACCACCACUAUGAGGGCGUGGAUAAUGCAAGGCUUUUAUCAAGGUGGGCUGUACCAGAACCACGUCGCUGAAGUCGAAUUUCUUGGGCGAACUAUUGAAAUCAUUAAAUGGGGUCGAGAGCGGUUCAAAGACAUACGAAAGGAAUACAGAGGUGUCAUGUUUGAAGAAACGUUCCUGCGUGGCGUUCAGAUGCUUCAUUUGGAAGCGCUCUUAAAGGUGAUUGCCAAAGCGGACGAUGCCACUCUGGAGGCAACGCUCCAAGAGGCAAAUGAGGUCAUUGCAGGUGUUAAUGCUGCCACCAUACCUCCUCGCGAUUCCAAUCCUGCAUUUGUUUCGGCAUACUAUUACAAACCUAAAGGACAAGCGCUUUCAUUAAAAGCUAUGUAUCAUCGUGUUCGAGCAAACCGUAUGAAAGCUCAGAACGGUUCAUUAUCAUCUUCUGUGAUGGAUAAAUAUUCUUCUGCAUCACGGUACUAUUUAGAGGCGGCAGAUUGUUAUGCUGAGGAUGAUGAGAACCACGCUGUGUUCCUUAAUGCUGGCCUUGAGAUGAUGUGGUCUUGUAAAACUAGUAUCAGGAACCAGCUAGCUGUCAUGGAACGUAUUCGCCUUGCUAUUCCGAAGAUGAAGAAAAUCUGGGGGCAAUCGUCAUUUGCGAAGCAAGGAGGUGAUAUCAUUUUUAAGAGGGGACAGGAUAUGGAAGGGAUAAUGCGUGAGGGUUUGAACAAGAGAAAGUAUCAAUUGGAUGAGCUGGUUGUCAUUGAUGCUCAACGUUAGAGACAUAACGUAUGUACAUAUGGUCGGGAUUACUAAAAUUUACCUGUUUGUAUAUAAAUUACGCAUGCACUACUGCCUCAAACACCUGAUAAGCCCUACACCAACCAGAUCAAACUAGAGUCACCAUCGAUUGUGAAGGAACCGCAACGAAGCACACUUUAUAAGAAUGAGUAGUACAAUUAUCGUAGUGUAUGAGAGUAAUGAGUGGAAAGGUGAUUAUAGUAAUAAUAUUUUACAGGAGCGAUAUGCAGUAGAAACAAUUGCUUUGAAAUUAGAUACGAUUGCAGCAUGAAGAUCAUGAUAAAAUGAAUGCAACUAGAUCAACGAAACUUCGACUCGAAAAGAAAGUGUGCGCGGAGCGGCCGCGCAAAAUAUAUCACAAAAGAUUGAAGGAAGAAAUUCGAACGUUAUGAGAAUACUCCGGUUCGCUUUCCUUUGAUAGUCCUUAAUUUUCUCAAGAGGUCCUACAAACAAUAUCAGCAAGAGAAAAAAGACCUG